AUGGAUAAUAAUAAUAAUAAUAAUAAUAAUCAAACAAUAGUGACUGAAUUUCUUUUUGUGGGUUUAACAGGAAGUUUUUCACAGAAGGUAAUUCUCUUCCUGUUAUUUCUCUUCGUGUAUCUCGUCACAUUGGGGAUGAACUUGGGGAUGGUGGCCCUUAUCUGGACAGAUUCCCGACUCCACACCCCCAUGUACUUUUUUCUCAGCCAAUUGUCCCUUGUGGAUGUCUGCUCCUCUUCUUCUGUGGCUCCAAAGAUGUUGUGUGAUACCUUUCUGGAGAGGAAAGUCAUCUCCUUCAUGGGCUGUGCUGUACAGAUGUGGUUUUUUGGUCAGUUUGUGGUGACUGGGUGUUUCCUCCUGGCGGCCAUGGCCUACGAUCGGUACGUAGCCAUCUGCAACCCUUUGUUAUACACGGUCAUCAUGUCCCAGCGGGUCUGUGUGCAGCUGGUGGUGGGACCUUAUGCCAUAGGCAUUCUAAAUGCCAUUACUCAAGAGACCUUCACUUUUUGCUUACCCUUCUGUGGCCCAAAUGUAGUCAACCACUUUUUUUGUGACAUUCUGCCUGUUCUGUCCUUGGCAUGUGCUGACACCUGGAGCAAUAGGUUGGUUCUUUUCAUCAUGGCUGGGGCUAUUGUGGUGUUCAGUGGCCUGAUCAUCACUGUCUCCUAUGUUUUCAUCCUGCUGGCCAUCCUGAAGAUCAAGACUGCGGAUGGGAGGCAGAAAGCUUUCUCUACUUGUUCUUCUCACCUGGCCGCCAUCUGCCUUCUAUAUGGGACUCUUUUCUUCAGCUAUGUCCUGCCUGACUCAGGUUCCUCCCUAGAUAUCAAUAAAGUGAUUUCUCUCUUUUAUUCAGUGGUCAUCCCCAUGCUGAACCCUCUCAUUUACAGUGUGAGGAACAAGGAAGUGAAAAAUGCAUUCAGGAGCAAGCUUGAAAGAAAAAUGUAA